AUGCAGGUAUGUGGAUUAAAGUGGUCUCCAGACAGCCAGUACUUAGCCUCUGGUGGAAAUGACAACAAGUUAUAUGUUUGGAACUUGCAUUCCCUCACUCCUGUCCAGACGUACACAGAGCAUAAUGCUGCGGUAAAAGCUAUUGCCUGGUCACCACACCACCAUGGGUUGCUUGCCAGUGGAGGAGGAACAGCAGAUCGUUGCAUUAGGUUCUGGAACACCUUAACAGGCCAGCCAAUGCAGAGUGUUGAUACGGGCUCUCAAGUGUGCAAUCUUGCUUGGUCUAAACAUGCUUCCGAACUCGUAUCAACACACGGUUACAGCCAAAACCAGAUCCUUGUGUGGCGGUAUCCCUCUUUAGCACAGGUGGCCAAACUCACAGGCCACACUUACAGAGUGUUGUACCUGGCCAUGUCACCUGAUGGGGAGGCCAUCGUCACAGGGGCAGGGGAUGAGACCUUGCGUUUUUGGAAUGUCUUCAGCAAGGCAAGAUCUCAAAAGGAAUCGAAAUCUGCCCUGAAUCUCUUCACAUCAUUACGAUAAAGGAAAACAGAGAGCAGAGAGUGUGGUGUGAGUGUGGUGUGGUUUGUAAAUAGGAUUUGGCAAUUGCGUAUGUUUUGUAUGGGCGUCUACAAUUUUUUCUUCCUUUUUUUUUUUAAUAUAUAUAUAUAUAUGUAUAUUUAUCAUAUGUAGUAUAAUGUAUAUACUUUAUGCAUAUAAAUUGUCAUCUGCUUGUCACUUAACAUUUAUUUUCUAUUCCUCCGUAAGUGAAUGCUAUUCUUCCUUCUUUUUUUUCCCAAGUAUAACCGUUUUGUUUGCCAAUCAUAAUAUAUGGCAUAAAUCAACAUAAAGAAUUUCAUUUCCAUUAUUUUGAUUACUACAGUAUUUGAUUUAUAAUAGUUUUAAUUUUAUUUAUUGAUUUAUUUUAUUUAUUUAUUUUUUUUUUUUAUUUUUUUAUUUUUUUUUUUUUUUCAUCUUUUUUUAUUAUCUUUCUCUCUCUCUCUUUCUCUGUAGUUAAUUUCACUGCUCUUGUUUCUUCUUUGGGUUUGAAAGCACUUUUUUACAAUGACUGAUGGUAGAGGGUAUUGUUUUUUUGUUUUUUUGUUUUUUUGUGGUUAGUCAAGGUUCCAGUAACAGGCAUCGGAGAGUAAUUCCUAUUUCAUCUUUAUGUAUUUGAUGUUUAACGUAUGCAUUUUUCUUCAUCUCCUCAUCCUUCUUUUUUUCUUCUUCGUCAUCUUUCUUUCUUUCUUUCUUUCUUUCUUUUUUAUGUUUUAUUAUUAUUUAUUUAUUUUUUAUUUUUUUUCAUUUCUUUUCUUUCUUUUUUCUUUUCAUUCUUUUGUGGUUGACUUUAUUCCCCAAUUUCUCUGCUGGAGGAUUCAACACUUGUCUGUGGUGAGAAGACACUGAAGAGCAGCUUUAGAACGUUUCAAGUACCACGAGUAUUGCAAAUUGCAUGCUGACUUUGGCCUUGUCGAGAGGAUAGGAAAGGAAGUGGUCUCUGCCUUCCGUCGAGUCAGUCGCUCUAAGACGGGCCGAUGCCGACAUAAAUCUUCGCACGGGGCGAUAUUUUCUGGUGAUCACGAGUGGCAAUAAGUAAUUUAAUAUUUGAUUGCGUAGGUUUGGACUCUCUUGGGAUGAGCUUUGUGUAAUGGCCUAUUUUUUUUUUUUCCCCCUCUUUGAUGAAAUUAUUUUGUUGCUGUUCUUUAUCAGAAGGACUUUUUCAGUUGUUUGGGCAAAGUCUGGGCGAAAAGUAGGCUUAUGUGACAGCGAUUGGUAUUCAAGUAUUAUAAAAUAUUGAUAAGUAAAUAAUAAAAUAAAAGAAAAAAAUUUAAAAAAGAAUCUGGAGCUGCCAGAGGAUCUCAUCUGCUUCGAAAAACCUUGAUAUAUAUAUAUUUUUUUCCUUCUUUUUCUCAUCAUUUCGCUUUCUUAGGGGCCAAUGCUGUUAAUAUUCUUUAAGGAAUUAUAGUUCUGUGGGAAUGGAAGGAUGUACUGACUGUUUAACUUCUAAAAGCUAUCCAACACUGUUAUCAGUGUUAAGCUCUGAUUUAUUUAUUAUACGAGCCAAAAUUUAUCUGUGCAUAAGUCAUAUAAAUGAAAUUUAAAAAUGUGUGCACUUUAUAUUGUAGUGAAAUUAAUGUAUUAACCUUAUGGCAACUUGUAAGUUACUGUAUUCUACUUAAAGCAUUUUAAAAAUGUGUUGCUUUACAGAAUAUAUAUAUACACAAGGUUGUUUACACCGAUAAUGAGUGUAAUUCUAUAUGUCCAUGCAAAUGUCUUGUUGAACCUCCAUCGUAAUAAGUUUCUCCCAUUUGGUACCUGUCCACGUGACAUACACACAGCAUUCAAGUGGCUUCGAGAUCUUCCGCAUCUCAUUAUGUGUACUAUGGUAGUCGUGAGAUUUUGUCAGCAAUAUGAUUAUUAUUAUUUUCUUAAUUUUUUUUUAAUAUAUUUCUAUUCUUGUGUUUAUUUAUUUAUUUAUUUUUUUAUUAUUGUUAUUUUGUGUUUGUUUGUUUGUUUUUCAUAGUCCCAUAGAUCAUGAAUAUAUUUGGCUUUUUCAAACUUUAUAUAUUAUUUAAAUCUAAAAAAAAAAAUCACAUUUUUACUGGUUCAGUGUACCUUUAGUCAAAAAAAUCUUGAAUAUAAUGAUAUUUAGAAAAA